CAUUGUUUGUCAUUCAAAAUAAAUACGAACCGGUCUUCACACUGUGUCCACUUUAUAAAUCCUAAAAGUUUCUCUCUCUCAAACCAAAUUUGCAUUUGCUUCGUCAUCAUCUACUCCUUACUUUAUUUUCUCCCAGCAAAACAGAGUAGCAUCUCAGGUUCAGCAGCUUCACUUGAACUAAAAGUAAUCAGAAUUGCUUGAUCAUAAUCAUGGAGGAAGCAACUCAAGUAGCAAGUUCCGAGGUUCCUGUAGUGAAAGGAGAUGCUGAUGACCUUAAGACAGUUGAUGUUUCUGUGAAGGUAAUGAAUGCUGUGAAUGAAGAUGUGACAAAGGAAGGUAAAGAAGAGGAUGAUGGGGAGUUCAUAAAAGUUGAGAAGGAAGCUUUUGAUGCCAAAGAUGAUGCAGAGAAAGCAGAGAAAAAUCAAGUUUCAAUAGAAAGAAGCUCUAGUGGUUCGCUAAGAGAACUACAAGAAUCACAAGAGAAGGCGAAGGAGCUAGAGAUCGAAUUGGAAAGAGUAGCAGGGGAACUGAAACGGUAUGAAUCUGAGAACACCCACUUGAAAGAUAAGCUUUUGUCUGCGAAAGAGAAGUUAGAAGAGACGGAGAAGAAGCACGGAGAGCUCGAAGUGGUCCACAAGAAGCAGCAAGAGAAAGUUCUUGAAGGAGAAGAGAGACACAGCUCUCAGUUGAAGUCCUUGGAAGAUGCUUUGCAGUCUCGUGAUGCUAAAGAUAAGGAACUGACUGAAGUUAAGGAGGCUUUUGAUGCAUUGGGGAUAGAACUAGAGAGCUCACAAAAGAAGUUGAUAGAGUUGGAGGAAGGGCUAAAGCGUUCAGCUGAAGAAAUCAAGGAUCUGAAUGAUAAGAUUACUGAAUAUGAAAAAGUUGAAGCAAAGCUUGGAGAAGAACUUAAAGAGAAGGAGACGAAGUUCACUGCAGCUGAACAAAGGAACGUGGAGCUAGAGCAGCAACUGAAGCUAUCACAACUGAAAAGCAGUGAAGCAGAACAGGAACUGAAAGAACUGUCUGAGAAAGUGUCUGAACUAAAAACAGCUGUUGAAGCUGCCGAGGAAGAGAAGAAACAAGCAACCACUCAUCAGCAAGAACUUGAAUCGUCUCUGAACCAAUCAUCAGCAAGAAAUGCAGAGCUCGAGGAAGACUUGAGAGUCGCUUUGCAGAAGGGUGCAGAGCAUGAAGAUCGUGCUAAUACGACUCACCAGCGCAGCAUUGAGCUAGAAGGUCUGUGUCAAACAUCACAGUCCAAACAUGAAGAAGCAGAAGGAAGAUUGAAAGACUUGGAUCUUCUACUUCAGACAGAAAAAUACAGAAUUCAGGAGCUUGAGGAGCAGGUUAGCGCGCUAGAGGCGUUCCAAGUGAAGAGUUCUAGCCUUGAAGCUGCUUUAAACAUUGCAACUGAGAAAGAGAAAGAACUCACAGAAACUCUUGACGCUGUGAUGGGUGAGAAAAAGAAACUAGAAGAUACAGUGAGUGAGUACAGUUUGAAGAUCAGUGAGUCUGAGAAUCUGUUAGAAAGUCUCAGGAGUGAAUUGAGUGUCACACAAGGAAAGUUGGAGAGCAUUGAGAACGAUCUUAAAGCAGGUGGCUUACGUGAAAGCGAAGUAAUGGAGAAGCUGAGGUCUGCUGAGGAGAGUCUUGAGCAGAAAGGAAGAGAAAUAGAUGAAGCUAUGAAGAAAACCAAGGAGGUUGAAGCUCUGCAUCAGUCUUUAAGUCAAGACUCUGAGCAUAGAAUCCAAAAGGUGAUGGAGGAGUUCACUAGCAGAGAUGCAGAGGCAAAGUCUUUGUCUGAGAAACUGAAAGGCCUUGAGGAGAUAGUAAAAUCAUAUGAAGAGCAGUUGGCUGAAGCGUCUGGAACAAGUAACCAGCUCAAGAUAAAAGUUGAAGAGCUUGAAGGAUUACUAGGUUCUACUAGAAAAGCUGAGCUUAGUCUUGAAUCUAAUAUUGAAGAGCUUAAGGCCAAGUGUGAUGUUCUUGAGAAAGAGAAUGGGGAUCUGGCUGAAGUAAAUCUAAAGCUGAACCAGGAACUAGCCAAUCAUGGAUCAGAGGCUAACGAGUUGCAGACAAAGCUCUCUGCUCUUAAGGCUGAGAGGGAGCAGGCAACAAAAGAUCUAACAAAGCAGCUUACCUCUGAAGGGGAGAGAUUGCAAUCACAGAUUACUUCCCUGACCGAGGAGAACAACCAAGUCAAUGCGAUGUUUCAAAGUACUAAAGAUGAGCUCCAAUCAGUUAUUGCAAAGCUUGAGGAACAAGUAACCGUAGAGAGGUCUAAAGCUGAUACUUUGGUCUCCGAGAUUGAGAAGCUCAGGGAAGUGGCUGCUGAAAAGUCUGUUUUGGAGUCACAUGUUGAUGAACUUGAAAAGACUUUGAAAAAACUCGAAGCUCAGUUGAAAGAAGAGGUUGAAAAUGCAACGGUUGCGUCUGUAAAAGUGGCAGAACUGACCUCAAAACUGCAGGAAGAUGAACAUAUCGCUAGUGACCGAGAUGCGCUCAGUGAGCAAGUGCUUCAGCUACAGAAAGAGCUUCAAGCGGCUCAGAGUUCUAUUGAUGAACAGAAACAAGCACACUCCCAGAAGCAUUCAGAGCUGGAGUCUGCACUAAAGCAAUCACAAGAAGAGAUUGAAGCUAAGAAAAAGGCGGUCACUGAAUAUGAGUCAAAGGUCAAAGAUCUUGAACAGAAAGUUCAGCUCGCGGAUGCUAAAACUAAGGAGACUGAGGCAAUGGAUGUAGGUAUUAAAUCUAGAGCCAUUGACUUGUCUUUUUCUUCUCCAACGAAACGUAAGAGCAAGAAGAAGUCAGAGGCAUCUCCAUCUUCCUCUUCUUCUAAGGGAAACGUUACUGAUACUACUCAAACGGCUUCAACCUCACAUCUCAUGACAGUGAAGAUCAUGUCUGGAGUGGCUCUGGUCUCUGUUUUCAUCGGUAUAAUUCUUGGGAAAAAGUAUUAGGCUCUCUUCUGGUGUAGUAUGUGAUGUUCAUAAUGUGAAGAUCUCUUCUUCUCUUUUAUUUUUUGGGGUUUUGAAUUUUGAUCAAAUUCUCUCGAUAAGGUACACGAGAGAGAUGUGGUGCUUAGCAGAGGUUAUGAAGCUUUGCAUGAAUUUGCUUCUCUCUGCAAAUUGGUUUUUGUUUUUCUGGGUUGGGUUUUUUCUUCUUUCUGGCUUGUGGGUCAAGCAAUGUUCUGAAUACUCUAAAAAAUUAAAGAGAAAUUGCCAAAAAUACCAUUUUCA